GACUGGCACCUGAAGAUGCCCAAGAUGAAAAUGCCCAAGUUCAGCAUGCCCGGCUUCAGAGGAGAGGGCCCUGAAGUGGAUGUGAACCUGCCUAAAGCUGACAUUGACGUCUCAGGACCCAAGGUGGACAUUGAAGGCCCUGAUGUGAAUAUUGAAGGACCAGAGGGAAAGUUGAAAGGUCCUAAGUUCAAGAUGCCAGAGAUGAACAUCAAAGCCCCCAAGAUCUCCAUGCCUGACUUUGAUUUGCACCUGAAAGGUCCUAAGGUGAAAGGAGAUGUGGAUGUUUCUGUGCCUAAGGUGGAAGGUGACCUAAAGGCCCCUGAAGUUGACAUCAGAGGCCCCAAAGUGGACAUUGAUGCUCCAGAUGUGGACGUUCAGGGCCCAGACUGGCACCUGAAGAUGCCCAAGAUAAAAUUGCCCAAGAUCAGCAUGCCUGGCUUCAGAGGAGAGGGCCCAGAGGUGGAUGUGAACCUGCCCAAGGCCAAAAUUGAUGUGUCAGGACCCAAAGUGGACAUUGAAGGCCCUGAUGUUAACAUUGAAGGACCAGAAGGAAAGUGGAAAAGUCCAAAGUUUAAAAUGCCUGAAAUGCAUUUUAAGACUCCAAAGAUACCCAUGCCAGAUAUCGAUCUUAAUCUGACAGGUCCAAAGAUGAAAGGAGAUGUGGAUAUCACAUGCCCCAAGGUAGAGGGAGAUUUUAAAGGACCUGAAGUUGACCUCAAAGGCCCCAAAGUGGACAUUGAUGUCCCUGAUGUGGACGUUCAAGGCCCAGACUGGCACCUAAAGAUGCCCAAGAUGAAAAUGCCCAAGUUCGGCAUGCCUGGCUUCAGAGGAGAGGGCCCAGAAGUGGAUGUGAACCUGCCCAAGGCCGACAUUGAUGUGUCAGGACCCAAAGUGGACAUUGAAGGCCCUGAUGUUAACAUUGAAGGGCCAGAAGGAAAGUUGAAAGGUCCUAAGUUCAAGAUGCCUGAGAUGAACAUCAAAGCCCCCAAGAUCUCUGUGCCCGACUUUGAUUUGCACCUGAAAGGUCCUAAGGUGAAAGGAGAUGCGGGUGUUUCUGUGCCUAAGGUGGAAGGUGACCUAAAGGCCCCUGAAGUUGACAUCAAAGGCCCCAAAGUGGACAUUGAUGCUCCAGAUGUGGAUGUUCAAGGCCCAGACUGGCACCUGAAGAUGCCCAAGAUGAAAAUGCCCAAGUUCAGCAUGCCUGGCUUCAGAGGAGAGGGCUCAGAAGUGGACGUGAACCUGCCUAAAGCUGACAUUGACGUCUCAGGACCCAAGGUGGACAUUGAAGGCCCUGAUGUGAAUAUUGAAGGACCAGAGGGAAAGUUGAAAGGUCCUAAGUUCAAGAUGCCAGAGAUGAACAUCAAAGCCCCCAAGAUCUCCAUGCCUGACAUUGAUCUUAAUCUGAAGGGCCCCAAAGUGAAGGGUGAUGUGGAUGUGUCUCUACCAAAAGUGGAAGGUGAGCUUAAAGUUCCUGAAGUUGACAUGAAAGGCCCCAAAGUGGACAUUGAUGCUCCAGAUGUGGACGUUCAUGGCCCAGACUGGCACCUGAAGAUGCCCAAGAUAAAAAUGCCCAAGAUCAGCAUGCCUGGCUUCAGAGGAGAGGGCCCAGAGGUGGAUGUGAACCUGCCCAAGGUUGACAUAGACAUCUCAGGACCCAAGGUGGACAUUGAUGUUCCAGAUGUGAAUAUUGAAGGUCCAGAUGCAAAACUGAAGGGUCCCAAGUUCAAGAUGCCAGAGAUGAAUAUCAAAGCUCCUAAGAUAUCAAUGCCAGAUUUGGACCUUAAUCUUAAAGGCCCUAAAAUGAAAGGAGAGGUGGAUAUUUCACCUCCAAAUGUAGAAGGUGAUUUGAAAGGGCCUUCUCUUGACAUCAAAGGCCUGAAGAUAGAUGUAGAUGCGCCAGAUAUUGACAUUCAUGGCCCAGAAGGCAAAUUAAAAGGUCCAAAGCUGAAGAUGCCUGAUAUGCAUGUAAACAUGCCCAAGAUCUCCAUGCCAGAAAUUGACCUGAAUUUGAAAGGCUCAAAACUUAAGGGAGAUGUUGAUGUUUCUGGACCCAAACUGGAAGGUGACAUUAAAGCUCCCAAGUUAGAUGUAAAGGGCCCAGAAGUGGACAUUUCUGGUCCUAAGCUCAAUAUUGAAGGCAAGUCAAAGAAAUCUCGUUUUAAGCUUCCCAAAUUUAAUUUUUCAGGCUCCAAAGUUCAGACACCUGAGGUAGAUGUCAAAGUCAAAAAGCCAGAUGUUGAUGUAACAGGUCCCAAAGUGGACAUUAAUGCUCCCGAUACUGAGGUCCAAGGAAAAGUGAAAGGACCCAAGUUCAAAAUGCCUUUCUUGAGUAUUUCGUCUCCUAAAGUGUCGAUGCCUGAUGUGGAGUUAAAUCUGAAAGGUCCUAAAGUCAAAGGAGACUUAGAUGUUGCAGGUCCUAAUUUAGAAGGGGAUUUUAAAGGACCCAAAGUGGACAUUAAGGCACCAGAAGUUCAUCUUGAUGCCCCUGAUGUGGACGUUCAUGGUCCAGACUGGAAUUUGAAAAUGCCCAAGAUGAAAAUGCCCAAGUUCAGUGUGCCCGGCUUAAAAGCAGAAGGGCCAGAUAUGGCUGUGGAUCUGCCAAAAGGAGAUAUCAACAUAGAGGGUCCCAGAAUGGACAUUGAGGGCCCAGAAAUCCGUGUGGAAGGUCUAGAGGGAGGCUUAAAAGGUCCCAAAUUCAAGAUGCCUGAUAUGAACAUCAAAGCUCCCAAGAUCUCCACGCCUGAUGUGGACUUACACUUGAAAGGCCCCAAAGUCAAAGGGGAUGCGGAUGUGUCUGUGCCCAAGAUAGAAGGUGAAAUGAACGUGCCAGGUGUGGACAUCGAAGGGCCCAAAGUGGACGUUGAGGUCCCAGAUGUGGACGUUCAAGGCCCUGACUGGCACCUGAAGAUGCCCAAGAUGAAAAUGCCCAAGUUCAGCAUGCCUGGCUUCAGAGGAGAGGGCCCAGAGGUGGAUGUGAACCUGCUCAAGGCUGACAUUGGUAUUUCUGGCCCCAAAGUGGACAUUGAUGCCCCAGAUGUGAAUAUUGAAGGUCCAGAUGCAAAACUGAAGGGCCCCAAAUUCAAGAUGCCAGAGAUGAAUAUCAAAGCUCCCAAAAUCUCCAUGCCUGACCUUGACUUUAACCUGAAGGGACCCAAACUAAAGGGUGAUGUGGAUGUGUCUUUGCCAAAAGUGGAAGGUGACCUCAAGGCCCCUGGGGUGGACAUCAAGGGCCCCACAGUGGACAUUGAAACUCCUGAUAUUAACAUUGAAGGCCCAGAGGGGAAAUUGAAGGGACCCAAAUUCAAGAUGCCAGAGAUGCACCUGAAGGCACCCAAGAUCUCCAUGCCUAACAUUGAUUUAAACCUGAAGGGGCCCAAGGUGAAGGGUGAUAUAGAUGUUUCCCUUCCCAAGACUGAAGGAGAUCUGAAAGGCCCUGAGAUCGAUAUCAAAGGUCCCAAAGUGGACAUUGAUGCUCCAGAUGUGGACGUUCAAGGCCCCGACUGGCACCUGAAGAUGCCCAAGAUGAAAAUGCCCAAGUUCAGCAUGCCCGGCUUCAGAGGAGAGGGCCCAGAAGUGGAUGUGAAUCUGCCCAAAGCUGACAUUGAUGUGUCAGGACCCACGGUGGACAUUGAAGGCCCUGAUGUGAAUAUUGAAGGACCAGAGGGAAAGUUGAAAGGUCCUAAGUUCAAGAUGCCAGAGAUGAACAUCAAAGCCCCCAAGAUCUCCAUGCCUGACAUUGAUCUUAAUCUGAAGGGCCCCAAAGUGAAGGGUGAUGUGGAUGUGUCUCUACCAAAAGUGGAAGGUGAGCUUAAAGUUCCUGAAGUUGACAUGAAAGGCCCCAAAGUGGACAUUGAUGCUCCAGAUGUGGACGUUCAGGGCCCAGACUGGCACCUGAAGAUGCCCAAGAUAAAAAUGCCCAAGUUCAGCAUGCCUGGCUUCAGAGGAGAGGGCCCAGAGGUGGAUGUGAACCUGCCCAAGGCUGACAUUGAUGUCUCAGCACCCAAGGUGGACGUUGAUAUUCCAGAUGUGGAUAUUGAAGGUCCAGAUGCUAAACUGAAGGGCCCCAAGUUCAAGAUGCCUGAGAUGAACAUCAAAGCCCCCAAGAUCUCCGUGCCUGACUUUGAUUUACACCUGAAAGGUCCUAAGGUGAAAGGAGAUGUGGAUGUUUCUCUGCCUAAGGUGGAAGGUGACCUAAAGGCCCCUGAAGUUGACAUCAGAGGUCCCAAAGUGGACAUUGAUGCUCCAGAUGUGGACGUGCAUGGCCCAGACUGGCACCUGAAGAUGCCCAAGAUAAAAAUGCCCAAGAUCAGCAUGCCCAGCUUCAAGGGAGAAGGCCCUGAAGUGGAUGUGAACCUGCCCAAGGCCGACAUUGAUGUCUCAGGACCCAAGGUGGACAUAGACACUCCUGACAUUGAUGUUCAUGGUCCAGAAGGGAAACUGAAGGGCCCCAAGUUUAAAAUGCCUGACCUGCACCUCAAGGCACCCAAGAUCUCCAUGCCUGAAGUUGACCUGAAUCUGAAGGGCCCCAAGGUAAAGGGUGAUGUGGAUGUUACUCUGCCCAAAGUUGAAGGUGACCUCAAGGGCCCUGAGGUUGACAUCAGAGGUCCCAAAGUGGACAUCGAUGUCCCAGAUGUGGACGUGCACGGUCCAGACUGGCACCUGAAGAUGCCUAAGGUGAAAAUGCCCAAGUUCAGCAUGCCUGGCUUCAGAGGAGAGGGUCCCGAAGUGGAUGUGAGCCCGCCUAAGGCUGACAUUGACGUCUCAGGGCCCAAGGUGGACGUUGAUGUUCCAGACGUGGAUAUUGAAGGUCCAGAUGCGAAACUGAAGGGCCCCAAGUUCAAGAUGCCGGAGAUGAACAUCAAAGCUCCUAAGAUCUCCAUGCCUGGCAUUGACUUAAACCUGAAAGGACCCAAAGUAAAGGGAGAUGUGGAUGUUUCUCUGCCUAAGGUGGAAGGUGACCUCAAGGGCCCUGAAGUUGACAUCAAGGACCCCAAAGUGGACAUUGAUGUCCCAGAUGUGGACGUUCAGGGCCCAGACUGGCACCUGAAGAUGCCUAAGGUGAAAAUGCCCAAGUUCAGCAUGCCUGGCUUCAGAGGAGAGGGCCCAGAGGUGGACGUGAGCCUGCCCAAGGCUGACAUUGACGUCUCAGGGCCCAAGGUGGACGUUGAUGUUCCAGACGUGGAUAUUGAAGGUCCAGAUGCGAAACUGAAGGGCCCCAAGUUCAAGAUGCCGGAGAUGAACAUCAAAGCCCCUAAAAUCUCCAUGCCUGACCUUGACUUUAACCUGAAGGGCCCCAGAAUGAAGGGUGAUGUUGAUAUCUCUCUGCCCAAAGUUGAGGGUGAUCUCAAGGCCCCUGAGGUGGACAUCAAGGGCCCCAAAGUGGACAUUGACACUCCUGAUAUCAAUAUUGAAGGUCCAGAUGGAAAACUGAAGGGGCCUAAAUUUAAGAUGCCAGAGAUGAAUAUUAAAGCCCCCAAGAUCUCCAUGCCUGACUUUGACUUAAAUCUGAAAGGGCCAAAGGUAAAGGGGGAUGUGGACUUUUCACUGCCUAAGGUAGAAGGUGAUCUGAAAGGGCCAGAGGUGGACCUUGAAGGUCCUGAAGGGAAACUCAAAGGACCCAAAUUUAAGAUGCCUGAUGUCCAUUUUAAAACCCCACAAAUCUCCAUGAGUGACAUCGAUUUGCACUUGAAAGGACCUAAGAUAAAAGGAGAUUUGGACACUUCCAUCCCUAAACUGGAAGGAGAUCUGAAAGGCCCAAAAAUAGAUGUUAAAGGCCCUAAGCUGCACAUAGACACUCCCGACAUUGAUGUUCAUGGUCCAGAAGGGAAACUGAAGGGCCCCAAGUUUAAAAUGCCUGACCUGCACCUCAAGGCGCCCAAGAUCAGCGUGCCUGGCUUCAGAGGAGAGGGCCCUGAAGUGGAUGUGACCCUACCCAAGGCUGACGUUGACGUCUCAGGACCCAAGGUGGACAUUGAUGUUCCAGACGUGGAUAUUGAAGGUCCAGAUGCGAAACUGAAGGGCCCCAAGUUCAAGAUGCCGGAGAUGAACAUCAAAGCUCCUAAGAUCUCCAUGCCUGACCUUGACUUAAACCUGAAAGGACCCAAAGUAAAGGGAGAUGUGGAUGUUUCUCUGCCUAAGAUGGAAGGUGACCCCAAGGGCCCUGAAGUUGCUGUCAAGGGCCCCAAAGUGGACAUUGAUGUCCCGGAUGUGGACGUGCAUGGCCCAGACUGGCACCUGAAGAUGCCUAAGGUGAAAAUGCCCAAGUUCAGCAUGCCUGGCUUCAGAGGAGAGGGCCCCGAAGUGGACGUGAGCCUGCCCAAGGCUGACAUUGACGUCUCAGGGCCCAAGGUGGACGUUGAUGUUCCAGACGUGGAUAUUGAAGGUCCAGAUGCGAAACUGAAGGGCCCCAAGUUCAAGAUGCCGGAGAUGAACAUCAAAGCUCCUAAGAUCUCCAUGCCUGGCAUUGACUUAAACCUGAAAGGACCCAAAGUAAAGGGAGAUGUGGAUGUUUCUCUGCCUAAGGUGGAAGGUGACCUCAAGGGCCCUGAAGUUGACAUCAAGGACCCCAAAGUGGACAUUGAUGUCCCAGAUGUGGACGUUCAGGGCCCAGACUGGCACCUGAAGAUGCCUAAGGUGAAAAUGCCCAAGUUCAGCAUGCCUGGCUUCAGAGGAGAGGGCCCCGAAGUGGACGUGAGCCUGCCCAAGGCUGACAUUGACGUCUCAGGGCCCAAGGUGGACGUUGACGUUCCAGAUGUGGAUAUUGAAGGCCCAGAUGCGAAACUGAAGGGCCCCAAGUUCAAGAUGCCGGAGAUAAAUAUCAAAGCUCCCCAAAUCUCCAUGCCUGACGUCGACCUGGAUUUGAAAGGAUCCACAGGCAAAGGAGAUUUCGAUGUGUCUGUCCCUAAGAUUGAAGGGACUUUCAAAGGCCCAGAAGUAGACCUUAAAGGUCCAGGUCUGGAUUUUGAAGGCCCUGAUGCCAAGCUCAGUGGCCCACAUUUGAAGAUGCCAUCACUGGAUAUAUCUGCCCCUAAAGUAACUCCUCCUGACAUUGAUCUGCAUCUCAAGGCACCCAAAAUUGGAGUUUCUGGUCCCAAAUUAGAAGAUGGUGAACUGGACCUCAAGGGACCCAAAGUUAAUUUAGAAGCUCCAAGCUUAGAUGUGCACGUGGAGAGCCCAGAUAUGAACACUGAGGGGCCAGAUGUGAAAAUUCCCAAAUUUAAGAAACCCAAGUUUGGGUUUGGGGCAAAAAGCCCCAAAGCUGACUUCAAAUCACCUUCGCUUGAUGUGACAGUUCCUGAGGCGGAGCUGAACGUUGAGGCUCCUGAAAUUAGUGUUGGUGGCAAGGGCAAGAAGAGUAAGUUUAAAAUGCCUAAAAUUCACAUGAGUGGUCCUAAAAUUAAGGCCAAAAAACAAGGAUUUGAUUUGAAUGCUCCUGGGGGUGAGAUUGAUGCCAGCCUCAAGUCUCCCGACGUAGAUGUCAACGUUGCAGGGCCGGAUGCCUCGCUUAAAGUCGACGUGAAAUCUCCCAAGGCCAAGAAACCUAUGUUUGGAAAAAUGUACUUUCCAGACGUAGAAUUUGACAUUAAAUCACCUAAAUUUAAAGCUGAAGCUUCCCUCCCUGGCCCCCAAAUGGGGGGUGAAAUCCAGGCACCUGAUCUGGAUAUUUCCUCACCAGGGAUUAAUGUGGAAGGUCCUGACGUCAAGCUGAAGGCUCCCAAGUUCAAGGUGCCAGGUGUGGAUGUCUCAGGGCCAAAAAUAGAGGGCGACUUGAAAGGCCCCAGGGUGCAGGCAAACUUGGAUGCAUCUGACAUCAACAUUGAAGGCCCAGAUGCUAAAUUGAAAGCACCGUCAUUCAACAUUUCUGCCCCUCAAGUCUCCUUCCCUGAUGUGAAUGUUAACUUGAAAGGACCAAAGAUAAAGGGUGAUGUCCCCAGUGUGGGACUGGAAGGACCAGAUGUAGAUCUGCAAGGUCCAGAAUCGAAAAUUAAGUUCCCCAAGUUUUCGAUGCCCAAGAUCGGCGUCCCUGGUGUGAAGAUGGAGGGUGGGGGAGCUGAGGUCCAGCUGCCCUCUCUAGAAGGAGGCUUGAGCGCACAGGAUGUUAAGCUUGAAGGGCCCGAUGUGUCUCUGAAAGGGCCAAAAGUAGACUUGCCUUCAGUGAACCUCUCUGCGCCAAAAGUCUCUGGACCUGACCUUGACCUGAACUUGAAAGGACCAAGUUUGAAGGGAGGCCUGGAUGUAUCUGUUCCCAGCAUGAAGGUGCAUGCUCCCGGGCUUGACCUCAGAGGUGUCGGUGGAAAGGUGAAGGUGGAAGGUGAUGGUGUGAAAGUGCCUGGAAUCGAUGCCGCAGCAAUGCUUGAUGUCGGAGCGCCAGAUGUGACCCUGAAGGGACCAAGCCUGCAGGGAGACCUGGCUGUCUCUGGUGACAUCAAGUGUCCUGAAGUAUCCGUAGGUGCUCCUGAUCUAAGCUUGGAGGCACCUGAAGGUGGUAUCAGACUUCCUAAGGGGAAGCUGCCCCAGUUUGGCAUCUCCGCCCCAGGGUCCGACUUGGACAUCAGUGUCAAGGGGCCACAAGUUGCUGGAGAACUAAAGGGGCCCGGCAUAGAUUUGAGCCUCAGAGGCCUGAACCUGAAAGGGCCUCAGAUCUCUGGCCCUCAAAUCUCAGCACCAGAUGUGGACUUGAACUUGGAAGGACCAAAAGUAAAAGGCAGCCUCGGGGCCAGUGGUGAGAUGAAAGGCCCCACGGUUGGAGGAGGUCUUCCAGGCAUCAGCGUUCAAGGCCUAGAAGGAAACCUCCAAAUGCCUGGAAUUAAGUCAUCCAGAUGUGAGGUGGAGCUGCCAGGUGUGAAUGUGAAACUCCCAACCGGGCAAAUUUCUGGUCCCGAAAUCAAAGGUGAUCUGAAAGGUUCGGGAAUAGGUUUCCACGGGGCCUUUCCUGACAUUGGCAUGAAAGGGCCUUCAUUUAACGUGGCAUCUCCUGAGUCAGAUUUUGGCGUCAGCUUGAAGGGCCCGAAAAUCAAAGGAGGCAUGGAUGUUUCAGGGGGUGUCAGUGCCCCAGAUAUCAGCCUGGGUGAGGGGCAUGUGAGCGUCAAAGGUUCCGGGGGGGAGUGGAAAGGACCCCAGGUCUCCUCCGCUCUCAACUUGGAUGCACCUAAGUUUGCCGGAGGACUUCAUUUCUCAGGACCAAAGAUAGAAGGAGGUGUCAAAGGAGGCCAGACUGGACUUCAGGGUCCUGGGCUGAGCGUGUCUGGGCCUCAAGGUCACUUGGAAAGCGGAUCUGGAAAAGUAACAUUCCCCAAGAUGAAGAUCCCCAAGUUCACCUUCUCUGGCCGUGAGCUGGCUGGCAGAGAAGUAGGGGUGGAUAUUAACUUCCCUAAAGCGGAGGCCAGUGUCCAGUCUGGUGCCGGAGAGGGCGAAUGGGAAGAGUCUGAUGUCAAACUUAAAAAGUCCAAAAUCAAAAUGCCCAAGUUCAACUUUUCCAAACCUAAAGGGAAAGCUGGUGUCACCGGCUCACCGGAAGCAUCCAUUUCAGGGUCCAAAGGUGACCUGAAGAGCUCCAAGGCCAGCCUAGGCUCUCUGGAAGGAGAGGCCGAAGUGGAAACAUCUUCGCCCAAAGGCAAAUUCUCCUUAUUCAAAAGCAAGAAGCCACAGCGCCGCUCAAAUUCCUUCAGUGAAGAAAGGGAACACUCUGCAUCUUCUACCCCUCCGGGAACUUUGGAGUUCGAAGGUGGGGAAGUGUCGCUGGAAGGCGGGAAAGUCAAAGGGAAACAUGGGAAGCUGAAAUUUGGUACCUUCGGUGGAUUGGGGUCAAAGAGCAAAGGUCAUUAUGAGGUGACUGGGAGUGAUGAUGAGGCAGGCAAGUUACAGGGGAGUGGAGUGUCCUUGGCCUCUAAGAAGUCUCGACUGUCAUCUUCUUCUAGCAGUGACAGUGGGACUAAGGUUGGCAUCCAGCUUCCCGAGGUGGAGCUGGCAGUUUCCACAAAGAAAGAGUAGCAGGCCUCUGUGUGUGUGUGUGUGUGUGUGUACAUAUAUGUAUAAAAAUACAUCAGCCUUGGGUGUGUUUGUAUAUAAACUCCAAAGAGAAACACGCCGACAGCCUCAGCAGUAACGCAAACAUCUGGCCUCUGGCAGGGGCAAGUGGCUUUUCAGCCAAGCGCCUUUAGGCUCCUCCUGGAGCUUUACAGAUAGGUAAAGAGUUCUAAGUUCUUCGUCCAGCCCGUGUGCAGUCAACAGUAUUUGCCUUAAGAUUUCAGUUUUUUUUUUUUUUUUUUUGCAUUGAACGCUGAGAGCUCCUGUUUACUAAGCAAGCUUUUGUGUUUAUUAUCCUCAUUUUUACUGAACAUUGUUAGUGUUGGGGUCAUGGAAACCCACUUUUUCAUUGUAAUGACUUUUGGGGCUUAUGUUAGUAAGGGUGGGGGUCGGAGAAGGCAGUCGAGGGGGCCCAGGCCUUCAUUUCUCCUCCCGUUGGAUCUACUCAAACAGGAAACACCCAAAGAUGGCUGAGAGGAGCCGCCAGGCAGGGCGUGUGGGUGUUUCUAGAACUCUUUAGCGUUGCUUUUUCUUCCCCAGGGGUGGCGGUCCCUGCUCACGGUGAGAGGGAAUUUAGAAUCUGUUUGCAGAUUAGCCAACCCACCAACUCAACACGAGGGCCUUCCAUUCCGUGUGUUGUAAGAGAAAUGUUUUCUUUGUGAUCGCCACGUUCCUGAUAUUAAUUCUGAUUUCUUUUAACAAAUGUUAUUGUGAUUAAGAAAAUUUCCAGCACUUUAAUGGCAAAUUAAUUGAGAAUGUAAGAAAAUUGAUGCUGUCAAGGGCAAAUAAAGCUGUUUAUUAACCCGGA